AUGGAUGCCUGGCAGCGGAAUAUGCGUAUGAUCCAUCAAAUCAGCGAGUUUGUUGACUUCGAUUCUGCCCAAUCCGAUUCGGUAGCCGAUUUUAUUGCGCUUAUCCAGGCGACGCGGGAGGGUCUCACUCAGAUCGAUGAUGACUUCGAUAUUCCCGACUCUCAGAUCAACACUUUGUUUCUGACAAAGCUAAAAGUGCGGCCCGAAUGGGACGACUGGGCCACGGCGAUGCUGCGGGAUAACCGAAUCAACGCCCCGAACCCCGAGCAUAGGAUGACGUUUCAGGAGCUCGCGAAGCUAGCCAUCGAUCACGAGAAGGUCAUCCGAGGGGCGGGAGGGCGACUUGAAACCCGAAAGGUUUUGCCUGCUGAACCGCUCCCACCCGGGCCACCACCACCUCCAUCCAACAUCCCCACUGUGCCAGAGGAGGAUGUCACUCAGGACGACAUCAAUGCCUUCGUGGUGCAGCAGAUGAGCCGUGAUGGUGGAUACCCCCGUCGUCGGCAUACUGUUCGGGGACACAGUAAGAAGCCGAGUCAGGAGGAAAUCAACGACUAUGUGAUCCACCAGAUGCGCCAGAACAACGAACCUCAGAAAGCCAGGAAUCGCAGCCAAAGUCAGCCAGAACCGCGAGCGCAGCAGAAUCCCUCUUCCAAACCGACCGGGGCGCGCUGCACCUUCUGCGGCGAUCCGCAUCACCAGACGAAUCAUUGCUGGCGUCGCUGGAGGGUUGCUGUGGAGGCACCAUCGGGCAACUUCAUGCCAAAACGCAUCGAAUAUCGAACGGAAAUUCCAGGUCAUCCGCCAAUGUAUCGAACAGGGUUUACUUUAUACUGA